CACAGUGUCUCUUGAUCGACACUGCCGUGAAUGACGGACGUCCUCUGUGACACGAAGUCUUGCGAGAAUAGUGAUAGUCGACAGGGCAGCGGAUGUGGCAUUUGUCCGGAUUUGAACUAGCUUUGCUGGCACGUAUACCCGACAUCAGCAGCGCGGUACUCACCCGGUUUCACUGCCCGGGCCGCCCACUACUAGCAGAGGGGCAACGAGCGAAGGCACGCAUGCGGCUUCGCCCACGGUGCUCGGCAGCCGACAGGAGGGCUACUCCAGCAAAGGACCUGAGGAUUGAGCGCACGGAUGCCCGGGGCGGUCGAUACUCCGGGGAGGACGGAUACGAGGACUGGCCAGGGACGAAGGAUAACGUAGCGGGGGGUCUUUGACGGCGAGGAGCAGAAAACGCGCGAUAGUUCGAACGUUCUCGCUGAGGCUCACUGCCGUCAGUGGAGGGGAACGAGGGUGUGCGACGCGCCCAAGACGCGCCUCGGACGAUUGUCGGAGACGGCGGGCGGACCGCCCUCGACGAGCUCAGUUGGC